AUGGCCGAAAAGAAAGAAUUCAAAGGGAAGGGCUGCCUGACACUUCAAAAGCGCUCCGGCGCCUACCUGGAAUAUGAGGACUUGACAGAGCUUCCACAACAUGCGUCGCUUGCCGAGCUCGACAAGAAUGGUUAUCCCGUCCUUCACAUGGGCGAGCGCUUUUGCCGCCUUCCAGGCAAGGAUGGCAUGCGAAUCUGCGGUCUGCGGUUUGCGGACUAUGUAACUCUUAACAAGCAUUUUACCGAUGCUCACGAGAUCGAUGCCGCGAAGAAGCCAAUGUUCCAGAGGGGCAUGAAUAAGAGCAGAGGACUGAUCGAUGGUGAAGUUUCGUGGUACGAGAACUUCAUGCAAUCCAUUCGCGGCUCUCAAAAGCGAAAAGCAGACCCUGUCGCACCGGAAGUUGUCAACACACCGAAGUCAAAGAAGCUGAAGCAGAUCGCCGCGCUACCAGCGUCACCGUCGCCACUUCAGCAACUGACUCAGCCAGCCGCAACUCCUGUGCCUGAGCCGAGCUCCUUUCCAGCAGUUCCGCCAUCUAGACAGCUACCAAGUGCCUCGCUAACACCCCUCACACCUGGUCCCAUUGCUAUCGUCCCAGCAUCAGCACCACAAGCACCGAGCGCCGCGCCCCCGAAACCUGCUGCUAUACCUCAAGAUCAGUACACUCAAACGUACAUCGCUUCCUACAACAACGGCUGGGAGGACUGCGAGCGAGAGUAUCAGCACCGCACAGCUGAGUUAGAGGCGGAAAAGGCAGCAUUCGAGCGAGAGAGGGCGAAAUUCCAUGCUCUGCGUACGAGAUUUGGUGGCGAAUUGAAGGUGCUGUUGAGAGAAGUUGAAGGUGGAAGGUAG